AUGUCUUUUUCCAAAAUGGCAAAGUGCUUCUGGUUUAUCUUGAUGCACCCAAUACUCCAUCCAAGUAUCUAUACUCCGUUAGUUCAUGGUAUGGAGAUCAAAUCUAUUGAGGCGUCUGUUUCAGGGACCACAGAUGUCCCAGAAAGUGCUGAAUGGGCAAAAGCAAGAAACAUAAGACAACAGCUCGCUGACGGAAAAUUUUGCAAUGUACAACAAUUGACAGAUCGACAAUGUCAGUAUGUUGACACAUUUUGGGAAGGAUAUUUUGCCCGCCUCAAACAGGAUUCAACAGAUCAAGAGCUUGUUAUAGCAUCGGCAAUGGAACAGGCAAUCGAAUUUUUGAAAAAGCAUCCACCAAAGAGACCGGCGAAAAACCGGGCAGAUAGUAUUGAUAAUGAUGGGGUGGAGAUUGAACGGAGUAGACUGAAAGAACAGGCUUUCUUCUUAAAGAAACAACAAGCUUACAGACAUGAUCAUUUUUUAAUGUGCCCGGAAGAUUUUGUAAUAGCAACAAACGAGUUACUUUUGACAGACAAGGAUAAGUGGGAAGAUAUGGUGGAAGAUAUGAUAGGUAAAAUUGACCCUGCAGAGGUUCCCCUUCCAUAUUUGCAAAUCUUAAGAGAAAUUGCUUUCACACAAGAUAUAACACCUGAGGUGCGGGAAGCCAUUGAAGCCUAUGCAAUCGUGAUGAAAGGCACAGCGCCUUUUCCAUUUGGAAUUCAAAGAUGGUUUGUAAAAUUGGAAAACUAG